AUGAAAUUUACCAGCACACUGAUGGAUCCUGCCUCCACAUCAUCGGCAACGUCGACGCCCACCUCCGCUGCCACCUCACCUGUCUCCUCCAGUCUACGCCGGAGUUGCAUAUUCUGUCGCGCCCGCAAGAUUCGCUGUUCCGGCGGUCACAUCUGCAGUGCCUGUCGAGAGCGCAAUAUUAACUGCGUCUAUGGCCCCGAGGCGCGUAAAGGCCGACCGCGGCGGAAGCAGCCUAGCGCAGAUCGCCCGCUUCGAGUUCCGCCGCCAAGGACAAGCGAUGUCGACUCGUCUCCGGCGCCUCUCCGGCGGAAUCAGAGUCCCCACGAACGAGGAGGAUCCCCAGGAUCCCAACACACCUUGGGCCAGGAUUUGGAGCAGAUGUUCAAUGAAUACUUCAUCCACCGCUCUGGAUCGCGCUCGAACCUUUUCCAGAACUCCAUUGCGUCGUUCCAGCGGGAGAUGGACCGGCCGUCUUCUACCCGUGCUUCCGCGGAAUGCCCUCGACGGUUGACAUACGAUGGGCUCCUCUCCUUCCUAGCCCACGACAUGGUUGAAAUGCUGCUCCGCUUCAGCAACCUAGGCUGUGAACAGCCACAGGGGACAAAUCGACACUUCUAUAUCACCAGCCUAGCUGCCGACACCACCCAGACCAUGUUUGACCCACCCCAGCCCAUGAAGAAACCCUUGUCGACGCUGGGGAAGUACCGCUUGCUCCAGAUGGUGGAUCUGUGGUUCUCUAUGCACCCGCUCUCGCCCCUGAUCUCCAAGACUCUACUCAUUAGUGAGAUCAAGGAUGAGACGGUGGAUCCGGCACUCCUCGCAAUCAUGCUGGCAGAUGCCUGCCAGGUGCACCACGGCGGAGCGAAUGGCCAGGCUGCAAUGGAUCAAGAAGAUCCCCAGAUUCUAGCCCAGUUCGCCGCAAACCAAUUACGGCAGCGGGUCCUAUCGCUGACAGACCCAGACCCCUUGUCCACAGCACAGGCGUUGAUCUUCAUGGGGUGGAGGGAGCUGUGCCAGGGCAACGCUCGGCGAGGAACCUGCUAUGUGGGCUAUACGUGUCGCAUUGUGUCCCGGCUGCAUAAAAUGUGGGCGGAAGGGAACCAGAUGGAGGUGGAUGGGAUCAAAUUGAAUGGCAUUAAUAUCACCAAGGUGAAAAAAGAGAUCCUGCAGAACAUCUACUGGCUGUGCCUGUCGACCACUACGUGGUCCUUUAUGCAGAUCCAACAGCCCUUUUCGCUUUUGUUGCCAGAUGAGAUCCCUGACUUUCCCAGUAUGGACGAAUCUUCGUCGCCCAUCCUCCGUCUCGAUCAGGCAUCUGAUAAUAUCUCCACUCUGCAGGCGCAGAUUCGGACAAUGCAAUGGCUGUGGCCCCUCAGUCACAUUACCAGCACGGUUGCGCACGUGUAUACUCUGUUCCUCAAUGCCACGAGGGAUGAUGAGACCCCUCGCUGCGAGAUCGCUCCCUGGCAGACCCAGCACAUCCACGAGCUGCAACAGCUGCCGCAGGCGUGCUUUGACCCAUCAGUGCUCUCCCGACAUAUCAGGCGCAUUCUUCUACAGGCGAUUCAGGCCGUGGAGCGAGAGGUCACAAACGUAGCCUCGCAGUCAUUCCUCCUCGCCGCUUAUCACACAAUUGUUAUCCAUAUGCUCUUUUCCCAACCCAAGAGGUCUACGGACACAGUCUUGCUCACUUCGUCCACAAUUCGUACCUUUGCCCAAUCAGCGUCGGCGCUGCUGACCAUCGCACGGCGCUCCCCUCCCCAACCCACGAGCCCGGUGCCGCUACCAAGGGUGAUGGGGCAUGGCAGCACGGAUGGGGUGCGCACACUCGCCCUUGGUCUGGAUACUUGCAGCCGUGCACUGGUGCAAAUCCACUCGCAGUCCGACCGGUGGCGGAGAGACAGCGAUGAGCCCACGGCGAUGCUUCACGCGCAGCUGGCGGAAUAUGUCCAGGCGAUGCACCAAGUGUGCAAAGCCGAUUCCCUUAUGCAGCGUGGGUCGGUCAUCCGACCAGUGAAAAAGCGCUUAAAGCAGCUCAAACACUCCUUUUCUUCACAGUGGUCUGCGACUCCUGUGGUGUCCACUCAUUCUUCACCAACGGAUCAGACCAGCGUUCAUCAUCCUUCUAGCUCACCCCGUGAGCCUUCUCGUCACCCGGUGCAUCUUGAUGCAGCAGCAGGCCUGCCGUUUUCGCACCUUGCGCCCAGCCCGUCACCGGCUCUAUCCGACCGCGCGCCCGAAUCCCUAGAUUCCUAUUUUUAUCUCGGGGAGCCGGAUCUCGGCUCGCUGCUCGCAUUGAGCGGAUUCGCCAAGCCCAGUUCGGGGGCGCGUCCGAGCGUCCCCCCGAGCCGCUCCAGCACGUCUGAAUGCAGCCUUCCCUCCCAUCCCUCAUCGCUUCCCCCCUCACACCAUCAAGGCGCAGAUAGCCUUCUCCUUGCAGCCCAGCUGUCCGUCCACGACAGGCACAAUGUGGGUGUAGACGCUUUGCCAGAACCGUAUGACGCAACCUUCGCUCCUCGAAGCCAUCCGAUCCAGCCGCGUCGCAGUCAAGGCUCACCCGAUCCGCCCGUGUCUACGACGUCCGAGGCUGACGUGGCCACGUUGCGGUAUGGGGGCGCUGUGGGAAUUGCUUCCCCAUGGGCGGUGCCACCAUCGUGGCUGGAUCCAUUCGGGAGUGCGGCUGGAGGUGAGACGGAGGGUUUGUUUCGGACAUGA